AUGUCCAACAAAGUGAAAUGGGUGCUCCUUCUCCUGUUGGUCAUCCUGAAGGAAAGCGGACCGACCACAGCCUGCAGCAGCAGCUGUUCUCUAACCUGUGACUGCCGCGGGUCAGGCCUCACCAGUGUUCCUCAGGACCUACCUGCCAGCAUCGUCCGUCUGGACCUGCGCGACAACGCCAUCACCACAUUACGCCAGUCUGACUUCUUAAAGUACCGAUAUGUAACAUACCUACAUCUUGGGAAUAACAAGAUAUCUCUAAUCGAGAGUAAGACAUUCAGUAACUUGACUAGUUUAACUGAAUUGUAUCUUUACCAGAACCAACUUGCCAGUCUCCCAGCCGAUGCGUUUGCAGGACUUGGUCAUCUUCAGCGCUUGGAGCUUUACCACAACAAAUUGUCCGCUCUACCAAACGACAUAUUCAACGGACUCGGUCAUCUGCAGCGCCUGGAUCUUUACCAGAACGAAUUGACCAGUCUUUCGGCUGAUAUAUUCAAUGGACUUGGUAACCUCGCGAUUUUAGACAUGUACCAGAACGAACUGCGAAGUCUCCCAGCUGACAUAUUUGCGGGACUUGGUAAGCUUCAGGAAUUGUGGCUCGGACAAAAUGAGCUAGCCAGUCUCCCAUCUGACAUAUUUGUAGGACUCGGGAGCUUGCGGGAACUGUGGCUUGGCCAGAACAAGUUGCCCAGUCUCCCAGCUAACGUAUUUCAGGGCCUCCAUAACGUGACGUCCCUGCAUCUUGACAACAAUCAGCUGACCAGCCUCCCAGCUGACGCCUUUGAGGGCCUGGAUAGCCUGGAGUGGCUGGACCUGCACAGGAACGACAUCAGUAGUAUCGAGGCAGGCGCCUUCAGCGGCACGCCGAAACUUCAGCACCUAGACCUGGAGUACAACAACAUCAGCAGCAUUGCCGCUGACGCGUUUGUGAAUCUGCCACGGCUCCAGGCACUCUUACUGUCCCACAACAAGAUCAACGUCUUCCCCGCCGAGGCCUUAUCAAAUAUUGAUAUCUCUUCGCUGACAGAUCUUCAGAUUGAGGACAAUGAAAUGAAAACGCUACGGCAUAUGACAUACUGGCGUCCAUCACAAACAUAAGUAUUGGCAAUAACCCCUGGCAGUGUGACUGUGGGAUGGUUUCCUUUAGGCAAAGAAUGAAAGGUGCCUUCGCAUUUGAGUGGCAGAUCACAUGCGAUGGACCGAGUAAUCUUCAAGGUAAAAAUUUGCUACAGGACGUAGGUCUUGGAGAUUCCAUCUGCGAACAAACAACAAUUAACUCUCAUCUAAGUAGCCCAUUGACUUCACGAACUGUUUCCCUCCUCCAUCCAGAAAGGGCAGAAAACAAUGCUCCUGGUCCGUCCUCACUGCCUAUUUUCGUCAGGCCUCUUCUUGCAGCAGUAGCCGGAACUCUCUUUGUUUGUGCCUUUAUAUUUUCAGUAAUAUACUUCUGGAUAUUACGGGGACCAAAAAAGAAGUCUCCUUCAGGCCAAAGUGUUGUGUAUAACCAAGCAACUUCGACAGUUUCUGUCGGAAUCAACGGUGGCAAUCAGCCUUACACGUACAGUAGGUUAGAUGAGUAGACACUGAUGAAUGAUGCUGAAGCGCCUAAUGAUUUUGUUACUCUGGGGGACUUUAACAAAAGAAAGUCUAAUUUGCUCUUCCUCAAAAAUGCUCAUCAACAACAUGACAAUUUGUCUUGGCUCACGAUGGUUUAUGAGUAUGAGAUCGACAUGGAAUAUAUGAUAUAUAUUGUAAAAUGUCAUAAACUUAUUAUUAGAGAAAAUACAUUACUUUUAUCAGGCAAUCUGGGGAAUAUGUGUACAUAGUGGCUCUCAGUUGUUACUAAGGGGCUUUCGUAGUGUUUCAUUUAAUGGAUUAAUACCUGAAUAUUGAGAAAAUAGUUUGAUGAUGUUUUCAUAUUUGUAACACCAGUCUUAAACGUGCAAUUCUGUGUUUUUCUUUGAAUUGAACUCAUUGUGCUCAUAAUUGGCCGUAGAUUAUACAUAUGAAUACACCACGUCAAACAGUUAAACACUUAUGUAAGUCUAUCCAAGUAUAAUACCCGGCGAUAUAUACAUUUGGCUCGACAUUGAGAUACUUGAUAAGGCACAUGCGUUUUUAUGAUAUUUUGUAUGGACGAUUGUUAUUACUUGUAAUUGUGGGAUGUUGUCUGUGUCCAUGUUUUCUGUGUCCAUGUUACUCCUGGAAGAGUAGCUUUCGCUUAUUGAUUUUCCUGGAAUUCAAACCUGUACCUUCAUGAUUUUCUCGGUGCUGAACCGGUACUGGGUACUUCUUCAGCACCAAGGCCAGAACAGACUUUCUACCGGCCUUGUCAGCAGUGAUGAACGUGCAGAGCUAGACUAAUCGUUUAGCUUAUUCUUGUCCUGUUUUUUUACUGUAUCCGUUUGGUACUGAUUGUUACCGAGCGUCUGACAGCAUUCUAUUUCACCUGCACCAAUU